AUGCUACAUGGACCAGAGUAUAUUACACCAGCUUUUGUAGGACUUUUUGAAGGAAAACACCACGCUAUCAUGAGUGAAUCAGAUAUCGAGGAUCCUACUUUGCAAGAGCGCAUCCUGCGUUGGAUUGCCGGUCUACGUAGUACGCUCUAUUUUCCUGAGUCUGUCAAACUUGGCCACUGCAAACUUAUCGAGGAGAUCAUGAUUGGUGAAGAUAAGCUGAUCCACUUCUCUGGGGUUGCAAUGGGACAGGCAUGUACAAUUGUUCUGAGAGGUGCAAGCCCUCAUGUACUGGAUGAAGCUGAAAGAUCUCUGCACGAUGCAUUGUGUGUACUAUCUCAGACGGUAAAUGACAGCAGGGUUCUACUUGGAGGUGGAUGGCCCGAGAUGGUGAUGGCUAAGGCGGUUGAUGAACUAGCUAAGAAGACUCCAGGUAAAAGGUCUCAUGCAAUUGAGGCUUUCACCCGUGCACUUCUGGCAAUUCCAACCACCAUUGCCGACAAUGCUGGGUUAGACAGUGCUGAGCUGAUUGCUCAGCUUCGUGCUGAACACCACAAGGACGAAAGUAAUGCAGGAAUUGAUGUCAUCUCUGGAUCUGUCGGAGAUAUGUCAGAGCUAGGAAUAUCCGAAUCAUUCAAAGUCAAACAGGCAGUAUUGCUCUCUGCCGUAUAA